AUGGAUGGGAAUGCUGAGCCAAUCCAAUUCUCAUGGGGCAAGCGUCGAGCAACAGGUGGUGUCAAGAUGGAUAUACAGUUCUAUGGGUCCUUCACAUUGGACAAUGUGAAGUAUUCAUUGUAUGACUGUGUCUAUCUAUUUAAGCAUGGUGAAACUGAACCAUACAUUGGAAAAAUAGUGAAGAUUUGGGAGCAAAAUAAUGCUAAAAAAGGCCCUGUGAUGGGAAAGGAGAUUUUUCUUGCUUGUGGUGAAGGUACUGGGCUUGCAGAUAUCAACCCACUGGAAGCUGUUGCUGGAAAAUGCACUGUUAUAUGUAUUUCAAAGGACGAGAGGAAUCGUCAACCUUCUCCUCAGGAACUAGACAUUGCUGAUUAUAUCUUCUAUAGGUUCUUUGAUGUUAAAAGUUUAACACUUUCUGAUCAAUUGCCUGAUAAAAUUGCUACAUGGCAAGUUGAUGUUCUGCUGAAUCCAAAAGAUGAGCUAGUCAUAUCCAGUCCUGGUACAAAUGUUCUGCUGAAUCCAAAUGUGGAUGAGUGUAUGGUUGCCGCAGUACCUGCACCCCCUUCAGCAGUUAAAACGGAGGAUGGAAGUCAGGCUGCUGCACUUCCCCUUCCGCAGCCAGCAUUUAAGGAGGUGGAUGAAAAUCCGCCUGCCACAGUUCCCCUUUCCCAAUCAGAGGUCAGGGAGGAACAGAAACCAACCAUUGCGAUUCCCCUUUCCCAGCCUGUGGUCAAGAAAGAGGAUAAGAAAUCAGUUGCUGCCAUUCCCCUUUCCCGUUCAGCAGUCAAGGAGGAUGAGAAACCAGUUGCUUCGAUUGCCCCUCCACGGUCUGCAGUUAUGGAGAACAUUCCCAAACAUACACAGUUACAGGAUGCUCACACUGGGGAGAGGCCACCAAAAAAGUUGAAAUUAUCCCAAGUAACUACAGAGCAGGACAUAGCCCCAGAGACUGCUGAACAAAGACCUUUGGAGCUACCGCCAAAGAAUAUCGACAGAAGCAAAUGGUUUAAAAUUGAAUGGGAUGACAGACUAAAGAUGGCUGAUGAUAAGGGGACUCUUGUCUAUAUUCAAAAUCUUGAUAUUCGGUUUGGACCUGCUGACAUAGAGGAGCUGGUUCGUAAAGCAUUACAGCUAAGUUGCACUGCGAAGCCCAUUAACCACCCCACUUAUGAUGAUCCAAACAAUGGCAAAGCAUAUGCCAUAUUCAAAACUAAAGAUGCUGCUGAUGCUGCCAUUUUAAAAAUCAAUUCUGGCUUGGUUGUUGGUGGAAGACCUCUUUACUGCAGCAAAGGGUUACUUGAGGUUCCAAAACCUUCAGUGAAUCUUAUUGGGCACCUCUCCUCACAUGUCAAAAUUGGUCAAAAGCAGCGUGACGAGCAGAAGAAGGCCGUAGCAACCUCACAUUGUUCCCAGCCCAACACGAUCGAGUAUGACUUGGCCUUAGAAUGGAUGCUUCUUCGGGAAAGGCAAGACCAAAAAGCACAGAGGUCAACGCGCAUGCUUGCAGGGGUCAACGCGCUCUCCAGCAACGACAUCAGGGUCGGCACCAACGUCGAGCCUAAGGCACUGCGCAAAACGUAUGUCAUUGUUAUGCAAAACAUGCCAGCCAAUUUCUCUCGUCUCCUUCCAACAACAGAGUUUCUCCACGUCAAGCCUGGAAAAGGUGCUGCCUUUGUCAGGACGAAAAUGCGCAACUAUGUCACCGGCAACACAGUUGACUAG